GAAAUAAUUUUAUCCUCUUCGUGCAAUAGAUAGAGAUUUGCCCUAUUUUUAAAAGUGAGAUCAGGAUCACCAAGUCACACUAUCAAUUUUACCAUCGAAUCAGAAUCACUCAUCUCACUCUACCCAUGCUCCUGACCAUACCAGAUCCCUCCUCUCUAUCUCCCUUCCAGCAGCUGUCGGCCACUACCCCUUUCCUUUCUCUAUUUCACCUCCCCUCUAUGUGGGAUCUUGAUCUCUCUUCACAAAUCCAAAAUCCAAACACAACUUAAAGCCAAUUCGUUCAAGUUUUUUAUUUUUUGGAGAGGAAGUUUAGCCUAAAAAUUCUCAUUUGUAACAAGCAAGCAGUCCCAGACACAAAGGAAAAUCUACCCUAAAAGCAACAGGCUAUGGAAGAGGAUGACAGUUAGUUGCUCCAAGGUCCAGUCAACUCCUAAUUUUAGAAUGGAACCAUUGGUAGCCAGGUGGACACAAGCAAUACAUCGUCUUUGUCUAUCGCCACAUUGCAAUGGCUCAAAUGCAUGCCGUACGAAGGAUCGACACUGAUGAGUCUCCUCAAACUCCUAGAGCUUGUGCGUCCCCGACUUUUGAACAACUUGUCCAAGGUGAUGCCUCGAGGUAUCCCUCACCUACACUUGGGAAGGAGCAUGGCCACAAAGAAUAUUAUGUGGACCAUAACAAGAAAUCCGUUCUGUCCAAAGUAAAGGAGACGGCUCAGAAGAUGCGGCGCAGUCUCAACAAGAAAAAGCAUGAUGAGCAUGAGGAUAGCAGGCCACCAUCAUCGGGUGUUAUCAGGGACGAUGAUGAAGAUGAAGAAGGAAAUGAAGAUGAUGAAGAUCCUGAAUAUCUUGGAGCCCCAAUGUAUGAAUCAGAGCUGGCACCUGAAUCCUACAAAGAGACAGCGCGACAACACCCCAGAGCGAUUCCUGUGGUUUCUGAGAAGCAUGUUUUAUCGGGAAGUGUCAAACAUGAAAUGGAGCAAGAACUAGAGAAGCAGCCACUUAGUCCCGACAAGACAAUAACCGAUGCAGUUUUUGAGACGAUUGGACCAGCAUAUGCUGCUGUAUCAGGUGCAACUCACACAAUAGCUUCAAAGAUUGCUGGCCUGACUAUUGCAGCACCGGCUGGAACAGUCCCCACAAAGUGUGCUGACAGUGGAACUCCAAAACUUGUUAGAGUUCAUGAGAUUAGAGAGCAUGGGACUGCUGGUGCUAACGAAACAUGGGAUAAAGGUGUUUCUGUGAAGGAAUACGGGACCCACAAGCUUGAGCCUGGGGAAGAUGAGAGAGCACUUUCUCAUCCAAAGAAAACUCAAGGCGAUAUGGUGGAGAAGGUGAGAGAGGCUGUAACUUCAUUGCUGCAUAAUGAAGAGUCGUCCCAAUCAAUAACUAGACCUACAAAUUUAACAGCACCUAUUCCUGUUUCUACCUAUCCACAAGAAGUUAUUGAGGAAGAAAACAGUGGAAGAAAACUCCAAGCCAACUGAAGUGGAAGAGCUUUCACAUGCAAAUAAAGAAACUGUUUUGUGGAUUUGUUGUACUUACUUUUAUCUAUUGAUGAUAAUAAAUUCAACUCAAUGAUCAGCA